AUGUGUUCAACCCCUAGAGCCACAAUACCGUUGUUGGUUGGUGUUGUCGAGAGGAGGGAAAUGAAUAAGAAUAUAAUAAUAGCUUUUACAAUACUGACGCCCUUCGUUACUGUGGGAAUAUUCAGGGAAUUGAGACUGGCAACUCCGAAGAAAUCCCUAAUUCCAAAACCCGUGGACAUUCCUCUGAGCGAGGCGCCAACGCCACGGGAAGACACUGAGGAAUCCUACGAUCCCUGGGCACAUCGAAGUGAACGAAAAUUCGUUUCUGAUCUUGGCUCCUUCGCUAAUUUGGUAAAGAGCGCCGCUGGUACCGGUCUCUUUGCAAUACCAAAUGCAUUCGCCUGUGUUGGAAUGCUCCUCGGAAUAGUCGGUACCAUCGUCAUGGGAAUUCUCAUUACUGUUUCUCUCCAACUGCUCAUGAGAACGCAUUACCUCAUGUGCAAACGCGACAAAAGUCCGACCUUAAAUUACGACAGAUUGGUUUCAGUCACACUAACCUCUGGUGUUCUCAAAGGUCGAAUAUCGCCGGAAUGUAUAACACUGAUAAUCGACGUAGCAAUGCUCGCCUGCUACCUCGGCAUCGGCGCCGUUUACGUUGUCUUCGUCUCUGGAAUCGUCCAAGAAUGCAUCGACAUGGAAAAAACCAUAAAUCAGGCCUUCUACUCCUUAAUUAUAUUCCCCUUGUUUCUCCUGAUGAAUUUGAUCAAAGGAUUGAACAAUUUUGCACCAAUUUCUAUGAUCGCAAAUGGACUUUUAGUCGUAUCUGCCAUCGUCGGCACCAUAUACGCUGUCAAGGAAGGAAAUGGAAAAUGGGUUCUCAUCGAAAAGAACGUUUCUUCGUAUCCGAAAUUUAUUGGAACUGCUUUUUUCAGCAUGUGCUCGCCGGGAUUGGUUUUAGCGAUAGACCACAGUAUGAAAAACCCAUGGAACUAUACGAAAUUUUGUGGAGUACUGAAUUGGGGAAUGGGUUUCUUGAUAGGUUUGCACGUGAUCGUCGGUUCUGUGGUAUACGCUCAAUGGGGGUCCGAUUCACUGGCGAAUUUCAUUCGCAACCAUCCUGAGCAUCACGCUGGAACAUUCUCGGUGCUGGUGAUGCAAGGAGUCGCGAUAUAUUUGUCGUACGGUUUGCAGUGUUACAUGCCAAUAUCGAUCCUCUACGAUGACUACGCGGUUCCAUCGCUCCAGGAUGGGGCCUGCAAGGGAUCGCGCUAUUUCUGGAAUCUAUUAGUUCGUUUCGGGGUGACCGCUAUCACAUGUACUCUAGCAGCAGCUAUCCCGCAACUUCAUCUCUUCACUAGUCUCGUGGGAGCUCUGUGCGUUGCAACGCUCGGGACGAUAAUUCCUGCAAUUCUUUACAUAGUCAGUCAAUACGGUAGCUUCGGUCGAUUCGGCUGGCGUUUGAUUGUCGCGUUGGUCGUUCUGUGCAUCGGUUUUUUUGCGAUGGCUUGCGGUACGCUGUCGAGUGCUAUUUUGAUAAUACGCUAUUUGGAAUACGGGUGA